AUCUAACAUUAGUUUACCUACAGCACCCCCUUCCACUUUCUUGACCAAGUUUCAACACAAGAUGAGCCUCACCUGUAGCCUUGAUCAAGAAAAUUAAUACACACUUCCACAAACGUCCAUACAGUAUUUACAAACAGUCACGGUUAAGUUCCCCCCUGAAAGCUCCAAACUGUACAAAGGCGCCAAGAGAACGAAUUAGUGAUCUUGGCAUAGGUGUUGUUGAUGUGUACACAGCAUCUGCGCUUAAAGUACUACAAAUACAGUCACAAGUAACUGGUUCUUUUUCUCGUGAGGAUGGGAGAGUAAACAUAAGGGAACAAGAAAAGCGACGUUCAUGGAAUUUAAUUUUAGGCUCGGGCGAGAGGUUAUCCAUUUUCUACAAACACAGUACCAUAGAAAAAUAAAUUGCUUGGCGUCCUAGAAUUUUGCUAAGGGUGACUUUACGGUAGUGAUGAUGGUUAUGGUGACAGUGAUACAGUGUAUGAGUUAUAAGCAGAAUAAGCACAAUAUUGCAGGCAAAUAGAGUUGCAUUGGUGACGGUGGUGGUACACUUUAUAUAUGUUAUGCUCACAAUGUUACAGGCAUGAGAACUGUGUUAAUGGCGAUGGUGGUGGCGGCAGUCAACCUCCAACACUGGACGAUGGCAAGACACUCAGAGUGUAAAGUGAACCUCACGGAGCCACUGAACCUUCACCUCUCCUCCUCCAAGGUGGAGUCAGAGAAGAUCUUGUGGGGCGAGAUCAGCGUCUUCCCUGGACCUAACAAUCAGUCUUGGGUCCUCAACUUCACCUUCAGGAGAGCAGACGAGUUGCUCGCUUCCGUCUUCGUCUCCCACAUGAGGAGAAAUGGCAGUCUUAGUCAAUUGGACGUCAUCAGGAUUGUGUGUGAGGGCAAUGAACCUGUAGAUAUGGAUGACCCCUGGCCCGACCCGUGGCUGCAGGCAACACCUCGACUCAUCAAAGUGCUGAUCACAGAAGCCGAGGUGGUGAUCAAACAAAAGGAAAGUAAUGUGUUUACGCAUAUAUGCACCGGUAAGCUCAACAGCCUGCACAACAUGAGCCUGACUGUUGAGAGUGACCCUUGUUGUCCUGCCCCCACACUGACUGUGUCCUGCGAUACUGAUAAUGGUUCUCCCGAGAGCAGUUCUCCCGAGAGCGGUUCUCCCGAGAGCAGUCCUCCCUGGAUAACAUGGUUGGCUGUGUCUCUUGUGAUAAGCGUGAUGGUGGUGGUAGUGGGCGGUGUGUGGAUAUUACGGUGCAAGUGCUCCAGGAAGCCCGUCCAGGAGAUGAUCAUGAUGCCGGACUCCAGCUAUGAGGAAAUCGGUCAAGAAGGCCCCUCGCAGGAGGCAGAAACUCCCCGAUUCCAACAGAGGAAGCCUAUGCCCUCCCCCCGUAAUGUGUUCCUACAGCGGCGUGAGAUGCGAGCCUCCGAGACCUCCACCUCUUCCUUCAUCUCCUCUGGCACCACUUCCACGCUCUCCACUGUCGUGUUUGGACCUGCCACGCCUCCACCCGUCCCUAAUUGCCCAUCAUUUUCCGUGGGAGGCUCCUCGACCUCACCCGCACUGCCAUUACUACCUGUAAACUCAGUGCCUCAGAGCAGGACAAGGCACUCUUCCACUGGCCAACACCACUGGCAGCCCUCACCACUAAGUGAACCAAGAAUCCCUCCUGCUGCAGCUGACGUCACUCUCAGGCGGCACCGAACUAAGCAGAAGAAGUCAGAGAAGCAGAAGCAAGAGGAAAAAGAAGAGGAUCCUGUUUACGAGAGGGUCACUUACUUGUUCGAUGCAUAGUAUGUGAU